AUGGCUACAGUAUUUCUUCUCGUUUGUGCAAUACUUGGGCUGUACUCACUCGCUGCUUCAGCAAGAAAUGGAUCUCUGCAUCUAGUUGUUCCCAGUACAAGCGGAUAUUUAUGUGAUGAAAUAUUCUUCAAUACUAUAUUCCUCAAAGGGGAAGCCGAGAAAGCUUACAAGAGAUUUACACAUCAAUCAUUCCAGAAGGCUUUUCCUGCGUUGUUUGAAGACUUGUAUCUAUUCAAUAAAUAUAAUGAAAUCCUUCUUGCAUGGCCUAUUCUGUUUCCCUGGGCAUCUUAUGAUGAUGAGCCAAAUGCGGAUUAUCGUCUAAUCAUAGACUCCAAUGGCGAAGUAAUAGGUAUGGUGACUGUAAUAUAUCCUAAAGAAAAAUCAAAUCAACUGGAGUUUCGCAAAUGCAAACCUACACAUAGUUUUAACGGUGGAGAUGAUGAUACAAGUAGGUUGCAAGCUAAGCAGUUAGAGGAGACAUAUCCUCUUGCAGGAUACUUAUGUGAUGGGGCCUUCCUGAACAAGAGAUCUUUCAGCUAUACCAUAGGAUAUCUUGAGAAAUCUAAGACGAGUUCCAAAAGCAUAUCGGCUUAUGAGAAAAAAAUUUCCAAAUACAGUGGCAACGAAUUUUCUGGGGAUAAUCUCCUCGGAUUUCCUUUGCGAAAUUUGGAUUCCAAUAACAACCCAAACGGUCCUAUCAAAACACACAGAAUUAUUUUUCACCGCAACAAAGAUGGGAGCAUUUUAGUCAAAGGAAUUGUAAGCAAAGAUAAAAGUCAAAAAGAUGACGGACAAAUUUGUCCUAGUCUAUGGGAUUUAUCAUCAUUAUCGCAAAUAAGCCCUGAUGUUUCUUCUCCAAUUUCUCGUAAAAUGGCAUUAGUGAAUAACGACGGAACCUUCACCUGCGCCAAACAAGAGUUAAAUAUAUCAACUAUCCUGCUUCAAGUGCCUUUUAGUCUGCAUCAGGCGCAAAUCAGUGUAGAAGCUAGCGAUGAAAAGUAUCCAAUUUUACAGUCUGGUAAUCUAUGGCUAUGGCCUGUCAUCUUCCCAGAAUCAUAUCUCAGGAGAUCAACGCACGUGUUUGCAAUAGGUUGUGACCUGAAAUUUCAAGUUGUUGGAUUAUUUUAUACCCGCAACACUCGUGUGAAAAAUCCGAUAUUUAAACAAUGCCUAAACACCUGA